AUGACGGUGAAGAUGUUCGGCGAUCGUUCAGAGGAGUAUCAUAUCGAAGGAUGCUUCUCUCAGAGGAACUGCACGAUAUAUGAUUCAGCGAAGGAAACAACGGCAGAGAUCAAACCCAAAGUGGAUGUUUCCACUAAUGUGAUGCUUGGGAAAGACGUAUUCUUGCUCACAAUGAAACCUGUUCGAAUUGAGAGCCAAUCUUCUUCUCCAAAAGCGAUUUGCAGUCUUGGAUUUUUGUGUGUGUUUAUGGUUAGGGAAGAAGAAGCGGGGGUGGGGUGUGUUUUUGAUCGAUCUCUCCUGAGGUAA